AUGGUAUCAACGUUUAAUGUUACCUUUAAUUUUGUCUACAUGUUAUAUGCCCAUUGGCCGUUCGGACUUAUCUAUUGCAAAUUUACACAGUUUAUGGCUUGUUUGACUAUAUGUGCGUCUGUAUUUUCACUUAUGGCGAUUUCCAUAGACAGAUACAUGGCAAUAAUAUUGCCGUUAAGAAAACGAAUGAGCAAAAAUUGUACGUUAAUUAUAAUUUUGUGGACGUGGAUUUUGGCGGUUUUAAUGGGUAUGCCGCAAGUAAUGUAUUUUCGCACAGAACAAAUUCCGUGUACCGGCAGAAUAUCAUGUUACAUGUUAUGGCCGGACGGUGAUACCAUACAAUCAAAAUUGGAAUAUUUUUACAACAUAUCGUUCUCAGUAUUUACUUACGUAAUACCAAUUGGUGCGAUGAUUUUCACUUAUUCCCAAAUAGCCGUGGAAUUAUGGUGGUCGAAAAGUAUAGGCGAAGUGACUAAUAGACAAAAGGAGAUUAUAACGAAUAAGAGAAAGGUAGUGAAAAUGAUGAUAGUAGUUGUAACGAUUUUCGCCGUAUGUUGGUUACCUUAUCAAAUUUAUUUUCUGUUAACUUUUUAUUAUCCAUCAAUUACGUUUGCUUCGUAUAUUCAAGAAUUGUAUUUGUUCAUUUAUUGGUUAGCGAUGAGUAAUUCCAUGUACAACCCGAUUAUUUACUGCUGGAUGAACGCCAGAUUUCGCGAGGGAUUCAAAAAAGUUUUUUCAUGUUUACCGUUUGUUACACCGAAUCCGAAUAAAUCCCCAAAUAGGAGCGACCGAAUUCAUACUCAAGAAUCUUACUGUGCAAGAAAAAAUCAAAACAAUAUCCAAGUUAGUCGCGAUACGACAUUUUGAUCGGUUUGUUUAUUUCAAAUAUCGCAUUAAAUGUCUGUAUGUACACAUAAAUUAAUAUAUUUUUGUUGCAAAUAUUAUAUAUGUAAAAGUAUUGAGAUGAUUGUAUAUCCAUUCAAAUCUAAAACUCGAUUGAUAACUAUUAUUUUGUUUUGGAUUUAUAUAAUUGUUUAAAAAUAACACCCAGUAGAUUAUAAUUAUAUAUAUAAUAGAUUUUUGUACUCCAAUAAAGGCUUUAGAGAAGUUUGUUACUAAAGAAAUCUCGCCCUAAUUAUUAUAUUAUAUACAUUAUAGUAUCAUUAUUGUAAAUUGUAAGUUUUUUGAUUAAUAAACAUCUUUUUGUACCCCCGUAAUCUCUUCUAUGGAAUUACCCAUAUCGGAAAACUGGUAUUAUAAACUGGUAUAAAUGC